ACUCAUCCACAAUUCUCUCUCUUUCCUUCAAUUUUUGUUAUGUCAUCUGCAAUGUUGAAAGGUUCUAGGCAUGGUGGUAAAAUACCUAAGUCUGGUCUGCAGACCCGUGCUGGUGCUGAUAGCAGUUUUGAUCUGUUAUCUGAUGCUGCUCCUGGAAAGGAGUCUUGGAGAUUCAUUGUUCGUGUGGUGCGUCUGUGGGAGGCUCCUGCGUUUCUUCAUCCUGAACAGGUGAAUUCGGUUGAGAUGGUGUUGGUUGAUGAGAAGGGUGUUAGGAUUCACGCUACUAUUCGUAAGCAGCUGUUGUACCUCUUCCAUAAUAAGUUGGUCGAGGGUGUGGUGUACAAGCUUCCUUAAUCUUACCAAUGUUAAUGAGAUUGUUCAGCAGACCAUUGAUAUUCAUCUGCUGGUGGUUUGACUUUUGUAACAUAUUUGGUGAAAUUUUCGCGGUUUAAUGAGCCUUUUUGAAUUUUUUUGGGAUUGAUUGGACAACCGUUUACUUCUCUAUUUUUCUUCUACAGGAAAAAAAAGCUGUCGUUAUCAAGGAAUAAAGGAUGAUUUGAAGAUGCACGUGGGGUUUGAUUGAAUUCCUUCAAUUCCUCCAAUUAAUUUAAGCUAAUUCAAUUACAUGUCCAUUCACAUCAAAGGAGAAUUUAUCUUUCCCCCUCUUUUUCAAAUCCUCUAUAAAUAGUCCUGGAUUUCUUUCUGUUUCUCACAACUCAUCUCAUUCUUUUCUUUUUCCGAUUUCCAAUCUGCUCUGGUUUAAAUCUUUUUUUUUAAUGUCUUCUGCAAUGUUGAAAGGUGUUAGGUUUGAUAACAAGGGUCUUAGGUCUGGUCACAGAGGUAUCGCAGCUUUGAUUUGCUGUCUGAUGUUCUUCCUGGAAGAGAGUCUUGGAGAUUCAAGCUUCGUGUUGUUCGUUUGUGGGAGGUGCGUGAUUUUCUUCAAUCAUAACAGAUCAAUUCAAUUGAGAUGGUGUUUGUUGAUGAGAAGGUUUGUAUUGCUGUUUGUUUGCCUUUGAUUAUUAUUUUGGUUAAUUUGGUUAAUGAUUAUUGCUUUUCUUUUAAAGCCUUUUUGCCUGUUCAUCUUUGAAGGGUUGCAAGAUUAAUGCCACUGUCAGGAAACGAUUGCUUUAUAUUCCUUAUUGACAAGCAGGGUGCCUCCAUGGUUGCCACAGCUAAGUUUUUUUCUGAUUUAUAGAGAUAUGAAUAUAAAUAUCCUCAGUUGACAGAAACUACUUCGAUUGUAAUGACGGGCAUUUACUGGGUGUUAAUUGUCUUUUACUGUGUUCGUUAAUUUUAUUUUAGGGUGAAAAUGAUGGAUUUUAUCCUGCUGAAAUGGAUAAAUUGUUUGUUUAGGGUGCAGCCCUUUCACCUUCUAAUGCUGCAGAAUCUGGGGAGAUUGUUGGCUCUCCUGAGGUUUGACCUCCAAUUUAAUACUCACCCCUGAUUUGAACGACGACAAUGUUGUUUGCUACUUCCAGUCAUCAUGCCAAGAGGAGUUUGGUGAAGGAUUUGAUGAGGUUUCUCGGAAGAGGUCAAAGAAAUCAGCCAAGUCUGCUAAGGUUGUCAAGGAUUGAAAUGUGAUGUAUUUUGCUUUAUAUCCUCAUGCGGUCUCACGAGAAAUGUGAUGUGUUUACGUAUGUUGCUGCUGAACUUUCUAAUCUAUUGUUUCCAUGCUAUAGUUUAUUUGUGUUCUAUGUUGCUAUACUUAUAAGAAUUAUAGACAUGUUUUAAUCGUGUGUAAUAAAAAGUUUGUUUUGUGGUACCAAGUAAUGUUUUUUAUUUUAAA